AUGAACAACUCGUAUCUCCGAUGGGCGAUCAAUAUUCGGGAACUCGAAAGAUCGGUCAACUUUGAGAAUUUCUACCGUUUCGCCGUGCAAUGUGUCACCGAAAAGGAGUACGAGGAACAUCGAAAGUUUGUCUACAAAGACGAUUCACUCGCUUGUCUCGUGAGUCGUUUGUUGGCGAGGAAAUUUGGUGCAAUCGCUACAACGAGUCAAUGGAAUCGAGUGGACAUACAGAGAACAAAACGCGGAAAACCGUUUGUGAAUAGUCCGAGUACCUCACAACGAUUCAAUAUCUCGCAUCAAGGAGAUUAUGUAGUGCUCGCCUCGGAUUCUCAAUACGAAAUCGGAAUUGAUGUGAUGAAAAUCGAUGAAAGAGAAGAUGCGACAGCCGAUGAACAUCGUCAAAAAAUGCAGCGUCUUUUUACGCAAGGAGAACAUUCGUAUAUGGCAUCAAGGAGCGGUGAAUUCGAGAGAUGGAAAGCGUUUUACAGGAUUUGGACUCUCAAAGAAGCUUUUCUAAAAGCUACAGGAGAGGGGCUAAUAAAUGAUCUUAAAAGAGUGGAUUUUCAAGUAGAUGAACGCGAGAAUGAAGCCCAGAUGAAAUUGGGGACAUCGGUGAGAAAAGACGGGAUAUUGCAAGAAGAAUUCAUCUUUGAAGAAUUUCAUGCGACGAUCGUCAAACAUAUGCUAAACUUUUACGACGUGCUGAAAAUUCAACCAGAAGCUUCUUUUGAAGAAGUCAAGAAGGCGUAUUUUACUUUUCUACGACGCGUGCAUCCUGACAAAAAACACGAAGAAGCUGACCCGACAAGUGUCACGCUGGCAACACUCAUUUGGAACACUUUAAAGGAUUCAACAAAACGCCGUGAGUACGAUCUAUUUAUUCGAGAGCAAGAACUACGCGCGAAGAAAGGAACCAUCAUCGAGCAAGUCGUGAUUGACGCAAAAGACGUCGAAAUUGAAGAAUAUUGUCGCUGUGGAGAUCAAUUUCUUGUGAGAUCCAGUGAGGCUGAGCAAAUUGUCGAUCGAGGAGUUUUCGAGUGUGCAAGCUGCAGUCUUUGUUUGGAAAUGUUUACUUCACCAGCAGCUGACUCGUCUUUUGGAGCAGACGAGAAUCGGAUUCGUCGUUCGACCGCAAAGAUUGUCGUGUUGGGCGAAAGUGGUGUCGGGAAAAGCUCUCUAUGUGCAUCGCUUGCAGGAAGUCUUGGCGAAAACCACUCAAGCACGGUUGGAGCAAAAAUUUCUCUUGUUCGUCACGCGUACCGAGCAGGUACUGUCGAAUCAAGAAAAGAGCUCGUUUCUUUGUGGGACAUUGGUGGACAAGCUGCACAUCGACAAGCAUCCGCGGUUUUUCUCGAUGGAGCACAUGGAGCCAUUUUAGUACACGACCUCAGCAAUAGCAAGAGUGAGGAAAAUCUCUGGCAAUGGAUGUCUCUUUUGGAUCCGGAAACGGCGAAAAGAACACCUCAAAUGGCUCGUCCACUCCUUUCUUAUAUCGAAAGCGCCCAUAUCCCAAUAUUGUUGAUUGGAACGAAAGCAGAUCAGGCACCAAAUCGAAUUGCGAACAAAGGAGAACGAUGCCCAUAUGAGCGAAUCAACGUUGACUGUCGUCGGGCGAUUGCACCCGGAUCAACAAACAGCAUAAUUUUAGCCAGGUUUUUCGAUUCAGCCAUCGACCGUGUGACCGCGCCAAUUGCCGAUACAAAGAGAAGGGUAUUUUGGCCGACCUCA